AUGGCAUUGGCGAAAAUUGCGAAGGUCAUCCUCUCCCACCCCGAGAUCGCAUGCAUUCUGUUCAUCCUCAUAUUGGAGCGUUCAAAAUACAAAUCUCCUACCGCCGAUUCCGCUACUUAUGGUGAAGCACUUGCGGAUAAAUCUGUCCGGCCAUAUACCUUCUUUGCACCAGAGCGGGAGCCAGACAAGCUAUUUGGUCCCGUUCACGUGAUGGAUCACACCUGGAUCAAUGUUUCUAAAAUUGAAUAUUUUGUCUGGAUUAAGCCAGACGACAGGCCCAUUGACAUCAAAUCUCCUCACACAGCAUACGGAACCAUGUUUCCGGAUCUUAACAUGGACCAGGUCAGCAACACCUUGAACACAGGCUUCAACAAAGUCAGAGCAGAGAUGGCCAGCACUUUGGACUUAAUGGAACCUGAUGUCGAUCAUGCCCAUUUGCUGUCUACAGGACAGCCCACUUCCGGUACUGCGCCUGGUACCGUUGCCAAUUCACUGGCACAAAACAUCGUUGUCAAGACAGUGGCGCUAGCUCAGAGAGACCUGCAACCAGACAGGCGAUCACAUCUGAGGUUGAUGAAGGGAGACCCUCAACCAGUGCAUCGGCCAGUACUUUGGCCAGUACGUCGGGCAGCACUUCAGGGAGCACUUCAGGGAGCACUUCGGGUAGUUCUGUGGGUCGGAUGA